AUGAUCCGCAAGGCUUCAAAGUCCGGCAUCCGACAGUUGCUAGUACUUUUGCUUUGCCUACCUACGGCCUUCUGUCGGUCAUGGGAAGCAGGCGACGCAUGCCCCUCGACGAUCGAUGUGGUCAUUCCUGGGAACACAUGGAAAGAAUCAAAAGAACCGUCCUUCGACACAAUGACAUCGGUCCAUACUGCCAUGUCGAACUGCCCCAAUAUCACAUCCCUCGACCUUCGCGUAACCCUGCUCGGCUGCAGUAGUUGGCCUGACCGCUGGUCCUUUCCGUUCUCACUCUCCGGAGGAGAGAAGUAUCCCUCACUCCAGCGGCUACGCCUCGAGGGAUAUGAGUAUGGCCAAAGUCCGUUCAACGAAGUGAGUUGGUCAGGAAAUAGUCGCAGUUACCUCCCUUGGUACGAAAGGGCCGCUGAUUAUAUACUCACUGGUAACAUCUUGCGGGAAUGGAGAUACCGCAAACUUCCCAGGGAGCAACGAGAGAAGAGCAAUAUCCAGCUUUGGCUCGAUGCGAUGGAUUGGAGUAAAGUGGAAGAGUUGGCCAUCUUGGGAUACUAUGGGAAAGGCACAGAGCUUUUCUUGAAUUCAACCCCAAGCGUCUUAACGGGGCUUCGACGAUUGGAGCUCGAAAGCGAAUACCAAGGCGCCGCGCUCCGGUUCCUUCAAAACGUUCAGAACGACUCGCUGACACAUUUGGUCUGGAAGGAUUACUUCAAUUCGACUCUGCCUUCUAUCGUCCAACAGUUCCAAGGCUCAUCUCUCCAGCACCUCGAGCUCCACACUUUGGAGUCAGACCACGUAGAAAGCCCGGCAUUCUCAGCCUCGGAGCUCGAGCCUCUCCAGCACAUGCCCAACCUGACCCAUCUGUCCCUCAACGUUGCACGUAACGGCAGCUGGCCUUUGGAAAUGCUGUCGGCUAUCUCUCAGAUCCGCUCACUACGCAGUGCCGACCUGUGGCUAGACAUCGCCUCCACGUGCCGUAAACAGAAGGUGGAAAACUGGUAUUUUGACCCAGAAGACGUGGGAUGUGCAGGGGAGGAUCAGUAUUUGUUGCCUUUCAUCAACGAAUCAACGACGCUGGAGGUUUUCAAGCACAUGCGUGCGAACAAGGUCGGAAACGAGCUGAGCAACGUGACUUUCUGGGGUGGAGACUGGAGUCGAGCCUGGGACGGUCCUAUCUACAGUCCUCCUUGGAUCGAGCAUAAACAGACCAAGGUUGUCUGUGUUGUCGUGGAUGAUCAAGGAGCGGGAGGGGAAGAGUGCGUUGUUCUGACUGGGGUAGAUUAUUGGAGACCGAGACCAAAGGGACGAAACUAUUACUGGGAUGACGAAGAUGUAUGA